UGUACACACACGUGGGUUUUGUUAUGAUAGACGUCGGCAGGUUUGCUAGGAUGACCUGAAGGGUAUCUUCUCCAAUUACCAGGUAUCUGCUCGCCUAUCGGAUGUCAUUCCCUGGGUUCUACGUCUGCAGCUACGUGAAGGUCUAGUCACUAUUAAACAUAACAAAGAAAAUGUCAUCUAUCGCUAGCAGGGGACUGUCGAUUAUAACUCGGCGAAUUCCGAAAUUUGGGAAGAUGACGUCGUGUUCUGCAGGGGGACGGGUUUUUGGGCGCCGUCUGUCGUCCUCGACAGGCCAGGUUCUUGAUGUCAGUGGUGUGUACCCCCCGAUAGCCACACCCUUCAACGAGGAUGAGACAAUUGCGUAUGACCGACUGCAAGAAAACAUGCAACGUUGGAACAAAAUACCAUUUAGAGGUUAUGUGGUACAGGGCUCAAAUGGAGAGUAUGCUUACCUGACCAAGGAGGAGAGGAUAGAUAUGGUACGCAAGGUGAAGACUAUGGCAGACCCGAACAAGCUUAUCAUUGCAGGUUCAGGCUGUGAAUCAACACGCGACACAAUAGAGAUGACCAAUAAAAUGGCAGAAGCAGGUGCCCAGGUGGCGCUAGUGGUCACCCCGUGUUACUACAAGGGUGCCAUGAAUAACUCGGCCCUUAUACAACACUAUGGCAAGGUGGCAGACAACAGCUCCAUACCGGUGUUGUUAUACAGUGUUCCGGCAAAUACCAACAUAACCAUCCCUCCGGCUGUGGUUGUAGAGUUGUCCAAACACCCCAACAUCAUCGGCCUGAAGGACAGUGGUGGUGAUAUAACUUCCAUUGGACUGCUCGCGUACAAAACCCAGGAAGCUGAUUUCCAGAUACUGGCCGGUUCAGCAGGAUUUCUACUCUCUGGCUAUGUCGUUGGCUGCGUGGGUGGAGUGUGUGCACUUGGAAAUGUCCUUGGGAAGGAGUUGUGUGACCUUGAGAAUUUGUUCAAAGCUGGAAAGUUUGAGGAAGCUAAACACCUCCAACACAGACUUAUAGCGCCGAACACUGCCGUAACCAAGCAGUUUGGAAUUCCAGGACUGAAGUGUGCUAUGGAGAUGAUGGGUUACUAUGGCGGUCCCACUCGGUCUCCCCUCCAGCCAUUGCCAAAAGACGACAAAGAAACAAUAAGGCAGAUUAUGUCUUCCACUGGAUUUUUGCCUUGAGAAAACUCUAACAUAACUUUUUAAUGAAACAAUUGCCCAAUAUUUAGAAAAAAAAUGGAAUCGAAAUCUUGCCAAAGAUGUCUGUCAUAAAGUACAUAAUCUGAAUGCUCUUUCUAUUUAAUUAUACAUGUACCAGAUACAUACAUAUAUAUAUUUAUGAUUAUUCAAAGCAGAUUUCCUUUGAUUUUACCUUAAUGACUCUGUGAUUAAUCUGAUUAUUUCAGUUCUAUUGGUGAACAGCGUUGGUAUCCAGGGUCUUGGUUGUAGCUGUCAAACCUCCCUCAUUAGGAGGGAGACUCUCUCAUUUGACCAAAAUUUACCAAUCUUCCUCGAAACUCCCUCAU